CAUAUUGUGUACUGUCUCUUUAAUGGGGGCGUGACCGAAGCGUGAUACCGGCUGUGUCUCAUUCAUCACUAUAGCUCAGAUUGACGACGAUCGCAGAUCCUGGGCUCAAGGCGCUGAGUUAGUGCAGGAAAACGGAACAUAGUUGUAGCUAGCCCGAGUGUCUCCUGGCGGGUAUGCGCUUAAUAUAAACUGCAUUAUUAUUCCAGCAUUGCAAGUGGGUCCUCGCUGCUCCAGCGCUCAUUAUGAGUCCCCCAAGUAUCAUGGAGAAACAGGCAGAGAGCGCCUCAUGUACCGGUUUACUGGGGCAGAACCAGAAGACGAAGAGAACGAAGAGUCCUCAAGGGAAGCACACACUGUCCGUCUGCAGUAAGAUUUGCUAUGCUAUUGGUGGUGCACCGUAUCAAAUCACUGGCAGUGCCCUGGGAUUCUUUUUACAAAUUUUCUUGCUCGAUGUUGUACAGAUGUCUCCAUUCUAUGCCUCCAUAAUCCUAUUCACAGGAAGAGCUUGGGAUGCCAUAACUGAUCCUUUGGUUGGAUUUUUUGUCAGUAAAAGCUCCUGGAAUGGAUUAGGACGUCUUAUACCAUGGAUUAUAUUCUCCACUCCCUUUGCUGUGAUCUCUUACUUCCUCAUUUGGUUUGUUCCAGCAUCCUCAAGUUAUCUAGUUGUGUGGUACCUGGUAUUCUACUGUCUCUUCCAGACUCUUGUCACGUGUUUCCAUGUUCCGUAUUCAGCGCUAACAAUGUUCAUAAGUAAAGAGCAGAAGGACCGUGACUCUGCUACAGGAUACAGAAUGACUGUAGAGGUUUUGGGCACUGUCCUGGGCACAGCUAUCCAGGGACAAAUUGUAGGCGGAGCAAAACAGACCUGUAUAUCAGGUGACUUCCUGCAACAAGAUGUAAACUCAUCUGGGACUCUGGAGAAAAACCAGACCCUAGGUAUAGGGUCUUUGGAUGAUACGCGGCAUGCGUACUUGGUUGCUGCAGGAGUUAUCUGUGGUAUUUACGUGCUUUGUGCUAUUGUUGUGUCUUUGGGAGUACGAGAAAAGAGAGAAGCUGGGGAGCUCUUGUCCGAACAGCCCGUCUCCUUUUGGCAAGGUCUGAAGCUUGUAAUGAGUCACGGCCCUUAUAUUAAGCUUAUAGCUGGCUUCCUCUUUACCUCACUGGCCUUCAUGCUUUUGGAGGGAAACUUCGCUCUGUUUUGUACAUACACACUGGGAUUUCGUAAUGACUAUCAGAACAUUCUGCUGGUUAUUAUGAUCUCUGCCACUCUGACUGUGCCUUUCUGGCAGUGGUUCCUGACUCGUUUUGGGAAAAAAACUGCUGUCUAUUUUGGGAUCUCGUCUGUUGUCCCAUUUCUGCUCCUGGUGGUGCUGGUGCCAAGUAAUCUCAUUGUGAGCUAUGUUGUUGCGACUGCUGCUGGGCUGAGCGUGGCGGCUGCUUUCUUGUUACCAUGGUCUAUGCUCCCAGAUGUUAUUGAUGACUUUGUCUUGAAGAAUCCAGAUUCCCAAGGACAUGAGGCCAUUUUCUUCUCCUUUUAUGUCUUUUUCACCAAAUUUGCAUCUGGCGUAUCCCUGGGAAUCUCUACACUCAGUCUAGAUUUUGCAGGCUAUAGAACUGGUUAUUGUAACCAGCCCGAAACUGUAAAUCUGACUCUAAAGCUGCUCAUCUGUGCUGCUCCGAUUGUAUUAAUAUUCCUGGGACUUUUACUCUUCAAACUGUAUCCUAUUGAUGAGGAGAUGAGGAGGGCGAACAAGAAAGCACUGCAGAGUAUACGAGACAGUGAUCCAGACUCUGAUUGUGACUCUCACGAGUUGGCAAGCAUUGUAUGACCACUGUGAAAGCUCCGUCAAUAAGUGGGAGCAGCAGAGACAGUCUGAUGAAUCUCUGAUAGGGAGAUACCAGCCAAAAGCUCCCUACACUACGUCCGCCACUGUCUGCAGCGCCCAUGCCGGGUUCCUUAAAGUCCCACCUGGUGCUACUUGUGCCUGGCACACACUGAAAACUGCAGUUCUACUGACUACAUUUUGCACUAACAUAGGGAAGAGCUAUUAAUUUAAAUGUACAUUUUGUGAGCUGUUUUUUUGUAUAUAUGGACUUUUUCCCAUAUGUGGUGAGAAUUUUAUAAGGUUUCUCUGCCCUCAUGUCUUAUAUAUAUUUUUUUUUUUUAAACAUGAGUUUUGUGGCAGCAACUUGUACUUGACAUGAAGCCUUAAGUCACAGUUCUACAAUGGAAUGUGUGUAUGUAUAUAUAUAUAUAUAUAUGUGCUUGUAAUAAUUAUAAAUAUUUGUAAUGUUAUAAUUUAUGUAAAUGUAUAUAAAAAUAUGCAUUUUCUGAG